UCCUGUACGUGCACUCCUACGUGAUCCGUUGGCAGUGUGGACCCGAAGCACCCGAGCACAUCCUUUGGUCGGGGUUGUUACUGUGGGGAAUGUGGUUUGGGGUUUGGCAGUGGCGGUCAGGUUUCAGCGUGUGACAUCUUAUAAGGCUCAGGGCUGGCGUGGAGAUGAGCAGAGCUGUUGGGCAAGAUGAAAAGCUAAGGAUGAGAGCACGCAUAGCUUCUUUCAGCUGUUCUGCAGUCCCAGUUGACGCACAGAAGCCAAAUUUGUUGGGCUGGGCAAGGGCUGGUGGAGGGCAGCGGGUCCCUGUAGUUGGAGCCUGGGGCAGCCCUGGCUGAUGCAGGAGGCCAAAUGUGCUUCUGCAUUCUGAAAUGCACGGAGCUGUGUGUGCAGUCUGACCACUUAUUGAAACCCAAUAUCUCCCUGACCCAAACCCUAUGGGGAGCUGUGGGUCUGCUCCGUUCCCGCGGCUCCUCAAGGCGUUCCCUCCUACAGGGAGCUCCCCAGAGGGUCGCUCAGCUCAUGAGGACACCCCUGUGAUCUCCCACGUCACGAGCUGGCAUGCUCGCAGCUCUCCUAACUGCACUGUCAGUGUCUGAGCGCUCGGUCUGAUAUUAAUCCAGCUCACAGAAGCCAUCCCAGAACCUGCAAUGGGGAGCCUGGCUGACUGCGUUUUUGUAGUGAUUAGGAGAGAAGCAGCAGUAGGCUUCUUCCUGCCCUGGGAGCAGGGCUCACACCAGACUGUGGUGCUGCCCCCAGCUCACUCCCUGUGAUGGGAGCAAUGCUGUGGACUCAGGACCUGGCUGCUUCUGAUGAGCAGAGUGAGAACAGGGUUAAUGGUACUAACACGGGAAGUAAAGGUAGCAGAAGCGUGCUUCCAUCAUGAGUACUGCCAGAUCCCUGCAAGCAAAGUUACCCUGAUUCAGGUUGUGACAGAUGGAGGAAAUUGGCUUAAGCAGCAAACACUUGAAUUGCAGAAUCGCUAAGGUUGGAAGAGACCAUGAAAUCACCUGGUCCAACCAUCCACCCAUCCCCGCUGUGCCUGACCCAAUACUGUGGGUUUUGUUCUUUGCCUCCUGCCUCCUGGGGAGCACUGUGUUGUUCUCUUAAGUCCACAGGGUCUACAAAGAAACUUUGAAAAGUUUGUUUAAAAUGAAGACUCUAAUGAUUCCUUUAUUCCAGCAGAAGGGCAGGCGAGGGAGACAGUGUAAGUGACAGGAGAGCAGGAGUUGGGUGGAGGUGAGCUGGGGACAGGGGUUGUCAGGGAGCAUGCCCACCUAUGGGUGGCCUAUUCCUGAAGCUAUUUUUCAGGUUAUUUGUGAUGCUGGAUUCUUCUGUAAUGGCUUUCUAGGUGUAGCUGGUACACAUUUGGACCGAGGGGUGUGCUGCCCAAAAAACCUCCAGCCUGGCUCUCUUGCCAUGCCAACAGUUCCUGUCUGUGUCUCCUGCUCUAGCUGCCUUGCAGCAAAAUCGCAUUGGUGACAGGCAAACUAGAUGCUCUGCAUUCCUUUUCUCUUUGAUCCUGCAACUUCAAUCCCAGCGAUAGGAGCCAGAGCUGGGAAAUGAUUCAGCAGCAGCUUCUGCAGACUGUGAAUUUUGGCAGGUGCUUGGUACAUGCAGAGAUGUGCAAGUGGAAGAUGGCUGCAGUAGUGCUGUGUCCCAGAGAACGGUAGGCAAGGGCUCCUGACAGCAAGCUGGCACGUGAUGAGCCUUGUGUUCAUCUGCUGUGCAGCUUGGGUAAUUGAAAAGAACAUACAAGUUAACUUCAGUCAGAAAAUUAAUGUGAGUUUGAGGCAAUAGCAACUUGUUAAGGGCUUAUAAAAGAAAGAAUCUUGUUGUUAGCAGAAGCUGGGGGAUGCAGCAUCUUCCUCAGGCAGAAGGCAGUCUGAGGCUGUGCAGUCAGUAACAUCAUUUGUUGUAUUCGUUGGAAAAUAUCUUCUCAGAUGCAUAAUAGCAUUCAGUGAGUUUUAAUUGAACUCCAGAUUUAGAGUCUGGAAUGGAAAUGCAUAUAUCUGCCAUGCCUUUAAUGGCUCUGGGAUGUACACUCUGUGCAUUUGUGAUUCAUCGGGUUUCAUUAAAGUCUUCUGCUUCACGAGGGGUGAAUGAUAAGAAACGAGGGGAAGAGCUUCACGGUGCCACCAUCUGUGGGGUUUCUCAGUCUCCUCUCUGCCCCAGUGUGCCUUCUGGUGCCUCUGGUUGUCCCUGGCUGCUCUGGUGUAUGGGCUGCAGGGAUGCUGCCUUGGGGGUGCUUGGAAGGGAGGAAAUGGUCUGAACUGAACUGGUAAAAACACCUCAGGACUCCUCCAGGGUCUGCUCCAGUCAGAUACAGGACCUGGGUCUCACACUGGACUCCAGGCAUUAAUAUUUCAUAUUCCAGCUGAACAUGACAAGGGAUCUGACUAAAACUGGAAGGGGAGAUUGAGAGGGAAUGGCCAAUUCUAGCAGAUACAGUACAAAUGAGGCUGAAUUUGGAACCACGUGGCUCUCCUUCACCCCAGAGAUGUGGACUGCAGAGCUGCAGAUGUGGAAACCUGAAAUCUGCUGGAGAAGCAUAGGAGGAAGGUGCAGGAGGACCUGGGCCUCUGUAGCACUGUGUGUGGAAGGAGCUUUGGGCAUGGGAAAAACUGGGAGUGGGGGUUGAAACGAGAUGAUCAUUGUGGUCCUUUUCAACCCAGGCCAUUCUGUGAUUCUAUGAAAAACACAGAAAGCCAACAAACGUUGUGGGGGAGGGAAAAGGCAUUUUCACUUGUGAGCUGGUGUUUUCUUCCCGGGUCACGUGUGGCAUUUACAUGCCUACAAGGGAGGACAGUGUGGUAGGGUCUGUGCUUCUGCUUGUUUGCUUAACCCAUCCUCUGGAUUUGCUUUGCAGAGCUGUCCUGCAGCUGUGGCCCCAUGCUGACCUCACAUAGAACAGUAAAACAGAGAAGAGUCUCCUCUCUUUUGCUGUUUGCUAAACUACAUACUGUCUCUUUGCGAUGAAUUUUCAAGCAGGGCUGACUCUGACAGGGUUUUCCUAUGCUGCUGCAGGAAGAAGAGGUAAUCACUGGGCAGUGUAUUUUGUAUUGGAGCAACUGUGCAGCUUAACAUAUUUCUGUUCCUGUCUGUUCCAUGGGACACACAGCCCUCCAGCUAUGUGCUCUGUAAGGACAGCCUUAUUUCUGCAGCAGGCUUGGUUGGCUCUGCUAAUGCCCUGAGUGGUUUUACUCCCAGGAAAUAGAAGGGGGAGGCUGGAAAGCCUCCAGCUGGAAGCUGUUGCACCUCUGCCAAGAGAAAUAAAAUAUAUAGAAACGCAUUCCUCAUCCCUGUGCAAAGAGGGAGAAGAAAUGGCCCCUAGCUUCAAAACUGAGAUGGGACAGGGAGGAAAGAGGAGGUUUGUGUCCCUCUUGCUGGUUGGGGCGAGGGAAGGGAAGACCGCCGAGCGCCCAGGAGUUCUCAUAUGCUAGGCUGCUUUUCUAACAUCCUGCUGGCUUUGUCAGGUAGCAACAAGGCUGUGGUUUUUAAUUAGCCGGCGGUUGUUUUUGAUAUUCUAAUUCGCAGUGCUGCAAAGCGACUCCCGAGGCAGGUGGCUUUGUUCCUAGUCACGUGCGGCCCUGUCGCUUAAAGAUGCGAUUAGAUUCAUUUGUGGCAACCUUUUGCCUUCAGCUGUGAUAGUCUCUUAAUUACAGCCCUCCUUUUUGGCUCCCAGGCAUCUCUGGGUCCAAAAGCCGUCGGCUGUUCUCCCUGUGGAAGUGCUGCUCCGUGGCCCUGCAUGAGCACCGCUCAAGUAUGGCACACAACUUCUGUUGCCUUGGAAACCAUGUGCCAUAUAUAUAUGUAUGUGUGUGUAUAUAUAUGCGUGCAUGCACACAUGAUUUUCUUUCCUGAUCUAAAGUCAUAGGAAUGGUCAUCAGUCUGGAAGGGCCGUCCUGUCCUGCCCCAGGGUGGUGGCUUUGGUGGGAUCGCUUGGAGGUGCUCAAAGCCAAGUCCAGCAGGGCUUGCUCAGUACCAGCCUACAGCCCUUUGUCAACACCAUGGUGACCAGCUGCCAACUGUGCUUUUUUGCAGGUGAAGUCAAUGGGGGUAUUGUUUACAGAAUCACAGAAUGGCCAGGGUUGGAAGGGACCUCAAGGAUCAUGAAUCUCCAACCCCCCUGCCACAUGCAGGGCCACCAACCUCCCCAUUUAAUACCAGAUCAGGCUGCCCAUGGUCCCAUCCAAUCUGGGUCUUUUGUUGCUUCAGGUCUUCAUGUUCUGUAAAGCAGUAUUUGAUUUUUACAAGCAAUAUGGCACUUCAUAUGCUCAAGAUAUAGGCCUUGAAAUUAUUCUCCCUUUCCCAUCUUUGCUUUUGGUUGCCAAAAGUAAAUAUGCAGCAAGAUCAAUUAGGUUUUCUGAUGUGAGUUUCUUACAUUUUGAUCCUGCUUCCUUAGGAGAGGAAGGCAGGGCUGCCUGUGGCAGUGGCUGUAAUUGCAUCGGUGCAUCCUUCACAUCAAGAGCGCAGACAACAAGCACCUCCUGGAGAUGGCUGACGUGUUUUACUGCCUUUCAGCUAGAGCUGCUCUCAAAACUGCAUCCCUUUGAGUAUUUACUCUGUAUCAUUUCUCUCCUUACUUGUCAGUCAUCAAAAUCGCAUCUAUUUUUAGUGGCCCCAAGCUCCUGUGCCGUUGGAGCUGUGCACUUAGGCACUUGCCAAGCUGUGCCCCCUCCUCAUAGGCCCUGUGAUGUCUAAAAUGAAAGAUUUGAAACCUUUGUGUUUCAUAAACGCAGGAAAAAUGGUUGAUGGAGAGCUCAACAAAUGUAUCUUUUAAUCAGCAAGAUGUGCAUGAGCAGAUCUGGCUGUAGCUGGAUAUUACAUUAUUGUUAAGGAUGUAUGUGCUUAUGCACCCAUAGCAAGUUACAUAAAUACGGAGGGAGAAUAUCUCAAAUCUCAGAGCAGCCGGAGGAGAGAAGACUUUGAGCAAAGCGAUGGCUGUGGUGUUUCUCUACCUGUGUAAUUAGAUGUCAUUCAGAAGGAAAUGGAGUAGAGAAAACUGAUAAGCUCUGAGGAGCUGCCUGCCCUGAGCUGUGUUCCUGGAGGAGCCGCUGUGCUGUUUUGAUCUCCUGGCAGCAGCUGACGAAGGGAGGCAGGCAGAGCUGCUUCAAAAGCUGAAGAAGCAGGAAAAGGGCACGCGCUGAGCCUGGCUUUGCUGAGGAGUGCUGUGAAUCAUGGGGAGCGAGGCAGGACACAGCACCUUUCAUUUCUGCACUUUGUCAUCUCCAGCAAGACGCCGGUCAGGAAGAGAGAUUGAAGCGAAGAUCUAUUUUUCAUAAGGUUAGACUGUGCUGGUAAGACAUCUGAAAGAUGGCAGCUCAUUGGGUUAUGGCUAGCAGCUCGCACUGGGGUGUGUUUCCAACGGCCAAGGACCUGCAAGGACUUCUGUAUAUGUAUUUUUAAAGGGUAAGUUCUUCAGAAAGACACAACAGUCCCAGGGGUGGAGUCUGCACUGACCUUGCUUUAAGAAAGUUGCUGGUGUGGAUGCGAGGUCUGCGUGCAGGCUGGGGAAGAGCAAGGUGUGCUGCAAGCCAACUGCUGGCACUGGGGAGCCAAAGGCAGCUGGCAGCCUUUGCUCACGGGCUCUCUCCUUCUCUGAGCACAGAGUGCUGGAACCACUGCUGGCCUGGUGGCUCAGACCCUUCCCAACCCCAUCUCUGCAGCAGAGCAGUUUCCCUUCACCGUGUCCUCAGAAAGCCUGGAAAUUCUUAAGAAAAUUCCCAGACGGAAUUAGGGCUUUUUUACCCCCCAGGCUGAUUUGAAGACUCCUCUACCAGACGCUCUGUAGCAUAACUUCUCCUCUCAGCUGGGUACCUCCACCCGCGCUCUGUUCCUGCGCCCUCCCUGUGAGCAGGCAUGGUGCUGAAGCAUAAGGAAUAUCCUGUGCUAUCCAAGAAAAGGAGUUCCUUUUUAUACUCCACAGCCUUGCCUGCUGCCAGGCACUGUGUAGAGCAUCUGCAAAAGGAUCGUGCCUGCACACUGGAGCUGACUCAGCUCAUCUAGGGAUCCAGGUUGUGCUGGAGCUGCCUCUGCUUCGCCCAGUGGGAUGAAGUGCCUGCAGCACAACGCCAGGUGAGCAGGGGCUCUCCUUGAGACAUGGAUGCCUUCUAUAGUGAGAAAGAGCAAGCCGUGCCUUUCCCACAGGUUGCACAGGGGUAGUUUCUAAAUUGCAGUUUGUUCCUAGUGACAAGGUUUGGUGGCCUUCACAUGUGGAAGGAAGAGGAGAUCUGCAUCUCGGUGAAGGUUUGAGCUGCUGGUUUGUACAUAAUAUACCACAGGGCUGGAGUUAAUUGUUCCUGCCCAACACCAUUGUUAACCUCACCUCCUUCAUUGCCACUCCAUCAGGAAAGUGGCUGUUGAGCUUUUCCUUCCUCUGUUAGGCUUUGCAGUGUUAUUUUUCCAGCUUUUCCUGGUGUAUCACAGCUUCCCCAAGGGCAAAGCACUGAGCAUCUUCCCCACCUCCUCCCAAAUGCAGAGCUUGGGUGGUGUGUUACCAGCACGGGAGCCCAGCACCUUUAGGAUGACAUUUGCUUGCGGAGCGUUAACCGUUUUUCCAGCCAUUCCUCGGUGUCAGCAGCAGCAGAGCUUUGUGUUCAUUUCCACCCCCACUGGCUGCACUGCUUCUGCAAUGACAGGUACCUGAGGAAAUGUGUCUCGUGGAACACUUGACGUACAGCAUGACUCUCAUUGGAGCUGUUCAUGUCAGAGAACCUUUAACUUGUGCAGAAUUGCGAUUUUCUUUUCUUUGUGGCUUGUCACCAUUGCCGCCCCUCAUCUGUAGGAGGAGGGGAAGGGGAGAGAGGAGAUGAACUUCAAAUGCUUUAUUUUUCAGCUUGCUUUGUUUGCUGGAGGAGUGGCAACAAGUUGAUUAAAUGCCAAUCCUUCAGCACAAGGAGCUGGCAGUGUGCUGCAGGUCCUCCAAAGCUGGGAUGAAGGGGAAAUGCAUACAGAUUAAUUUCUGCUGGAUGUGUGCUGCAGUUGCGGCUCCACAAAGCUGGUUGGGAGCCUUGGGGUUUCACCCUGGCCAAAAGGCAUUCAGAUGUGAAGUCAAGUUGCAGGAUCAUGCCUCUAUUCUUCAGUCUCACGCCCCGAGCUCGUGUGUAACCUUUAAAUGAUAUAUUGUUGAUUUUCUGGUCCCUUUGGCAGCAGCUGGCUGAUGCUCUCGCUCUUGCCUCACAGGAGGAGCAGGCUCCCGUGGUGCAGGGCCGCAGGUCAUCGCUCAGCGGGGUGUGCUACCUGACCAUGGGUCUCCUCGUGCUGCUCCUUGGCUUGGUCUUUGCAUCAAUGUAUGUCUACAGAUACUUCUUCAUCACGCAGCUUCCCCGCGAGAGCGUGUUUCACUGCGGCGUCCUUUAUGAAGACUCGCUGUAUUCGCCGUUCAAGGGGCAGCUGGAACUGCACGAAGAUGUCAAGAUUUACAUCGAGGACAACUAUGAGCAAAUCAAUGUCCCGGUGCCCCAGUUUGGAGGGAGCGACCCUGCGGAUAUCAUCCAUGAUUUCCAGCGAGGUCUAACAGCUUAUCAUGACAUAACGCUGGAUAAAUGCUACGUCAUUGAGCUGAACACCACUAUCGUGAUGCCUCCACGCAACCUCUGGGAGCUGCUGGUUAAUGUGAAGAAAGGGACAUACCUGCCUCAGACGUACAUCAUCCAGGAGGAGAUGAUUGCCACUGAGCACAUCAGCGACAUGGAGCAGCUCGGCUCCUUCAUCUACCGCCUGUGCAGCGGCAAGGAGACCUACAGGCUGAAGCGGAGGAGCACCAGGAGACGUAUCAGUCGACGUGAGGCUGGGGACUGCCACCGUAUUCGUCACUUUGAAAACACUUUUGUGGUUGAAACUGUUAUCUGCAAAAAGUCAUGAAGCCCCUGUCCAGCUGUAACCUUCCAUGGCUUUGCUUGCACACACAUGCUCUCAGCCCUCUUUUUAGACUUGGCAAUCUGUCUUAUUUCUUUACUCCCUCUCCUGCUUGUGCAACUCUAAAGCCUCGGGUCUGUCGUGGCCUCGCAGUUGAUUCUGUUCUCUUUUCUCUUUACUGAGAUGUUUUGCUGGGCUUAAAUUUAUGCAGCAGUCACAGAUGGUGUUGGAGCGGAUACAGCCUCUUCCUCCCCACAGGGUGGGGAUCUGUUUGAGGAGCAGGUUUUGGGUAGAAGGGAUGGCCAACAAGUGGGAUGCUGGAAAUGGGUGCUCUUCUCCUGUCUGAGCAGUUUCAUGCUGGCACUGUUGUGAGGUUGGGGUAGAAGGUAUACUACAGGAGGAGAAUUACCAUUCUGAUGCUGAUGUAAUGACAGAGUAUGUCAUCAGAUGGACUUAAAAUUAGAUGUGAAGUUACAAAGAGGGUGAUUUGGAAAGCUCAGCAGAAGGAGGGUUUCUGCCCACACUGAACUGUGAUGCUCACAGUUUGUUGUCCCAAUGAAGGCCAAGUUUUCAAACAGUGGAAGCAGCCCGUAUGCAUUGUUUCUGUGUCUAGCUUCUGGCUGAAUUGGAGUGGCAUGCCUGGAAUCAGCCAGGCUACCCUCCCUCAGCCUUCAGUAUAACAAGCAAGUGGUGUCUGCUUGUGGCUCCUGAGCUCAUUUGCUGCCGUAUUGCCUGAGUAAAUAGAGGUGAGCCUUUGAUACAUGCUGCCAAAGCUCAUAUCUGAUGUCCCAUCUAUGGGCUGCUGAUGGAGCUGGGCGCUUUAUUUUCAGCUCACCUCUCCAGACCUGCUCCUGCCUGGAAGAUGAGUUUUGUUCACAUAGAUCUGUCUUUCUGAGUUGUCAGAAUCCCAUCUGUCUGUGGAUGGGUGCCAUGCCAGCAUGCAAACUGGUAUCAGCAGCAGAAUCAGUAGUUACUGGCAACUGCAGAAACAGGGUGGCUUGGGUUUUUUUUGUUGCUUGUUUGUUUGUUUUUGAGAGCAUAUUCCCAUAGGACUCCUCUGAAGAAAGCUGUUUUGAUCAUAAUUCCUCUAGCCCAGCUGUGUGUUGUGUCAUCUGUAGGCACCGCUGGAGAGCAGGUGUUGAUACAAGGCAAGAUUCAGUGCAUCAAUAUACUGCAGAGAAACUGUGUGAACAAAAUUGUGUUUCUAUUGAUCAUCAGAAAGAAAAAUUGCAGGGUAAUUAAAUAUUCUUCCCUCUGUUCCAUAAAUAUAGUUAAAACUAAUGAGGUUCUUAAAAUGCAGGCAGUUUUUUGACUUGAAAGAACAGCUUGGCACAUUCUUGUUAAUUGGUUUUCAGCAAAUCUGGACUUGUUCAUCUGUUGAAAUGAGCUUGUUGUUUCAGGAAGAGAAAGGAUAAAGUAAAUGCAAGAACAGUCAUUAACUCAGCAGGACCAAAAAAAAAUCAAUGUAUUUGAGAGUCAAACUUCUAUUAGUAGUACUGUGAGCUAAUUAUAUGAAAACAAAACAGUACCUUAAAAUGAUCACAUAAUGCAAUAGCAAUUAGUAUGUCCUUGGAAGCCCAGGUUAUUAUUUUUUUAUAUAAAAAAAGAGUCAACCAUAAACAUUAGAUCUUAAUAGGUAGAGCAGGAGAUGCUGAUCUCCUGCUUUAAGGUGGAUGUGAGAUGUCAGAUGGCACGUGUUUCAUGCAGACCGGUGAGGAAAGUUUCCCACUGCCAGCGGAGUAUUUGCUUUUAUAGUACAGCUGUGUUUUUCCAACUACAACUUGCUAUUAGCCCUAGCCUUUCAUCGCAGAGUGAAUGAUGAGAGUCAGAGUAUCGGUUUGCUUGGUGCAAGUAUCACAAACUGGUAGAUUUAAGCCCUGCAUUUCUCUCUGUUUCCGGGCUCCUAAGCCUGCACUCAAGUGAGCGCUCAGACCUUUUCCCUUCCCUCUGAUUCUGCAUGAAUUAACUGGUCAUUGAAUAUGCUAACUCCCUGCAACCCCGCAGCUGUAAGGACAAGCCCUGAUUCUUUAAGGUGAACUAAUGUGGUUGCUGUUUCAUAGGGUGAGAAUGCAGUUGUCUAGAAAGAAAAUGCUUUGUAUAUUUUGUCUGGUAGAACUCUUACCUCUUAGGAAACAUCCAUGGGAUAAUAAAAUCUUUUACCUCUGAUA